AUGUCUAGUCAACAAAGACCUGGAGAGCAUGGAGAAGACGCAAUCACUGAAGAAGAGAUGGCCGGCACAACAAUGCCCGCGCCAGCAGCAGAGCCAUCCAAGCGGCCGAAUGCUUUCACAGAACUCAUGGCCCCCAAGAAGCCCAAACCUCCAACCCACACAACCGCCGCACCUAAGCCCCAUUCUAGAGCCCCCGUCUUCGCCGGCCGUGAUGGCUUGGGCGCCUAUACCGCCUCCCCUCAAUCCUACGGCCCUGACCGUAUUGUCUACCACAACGAGCACUUCGUCGUGAUAAACGACCUCUAUCCCAAAUCUUCUGUGCACCUGCUACUGCUCUCACGCAAUACCCGAAAGCAGCUCCUACACCCCUUCGACGCCUUCGAAGACGCUGCCUUCCUAGCCGCCUGCCGCGCCGAAGCCGCUAAAGUCAAAAAGCUCGUCGCCGCCGAGCUACGCCGCAAACACGGCGCGUAUUCCGCGAGUGAGAAGGCGCGGCGCGACGCCAUGGACGCCAACGACCCUCCAGACACCGACGGCCUGCCUGCGGGACGCGACUGGGAGAGUGAGGUCAAGACUGGUGUGCAUGCUCAUCCGUCGAUGGACCAUCUGCACGUUCAUGUGCUGGCGCGGGAUAUGCACAGUCCGUGUAUGCGGCACAGGAAGCAUUACAAUAGCUUCAACACGCCGUUUUUGGUGCCGUUGGAGGACUUGCCGCUUGCGCCGAACGAUGUGCGUAGGCAUGCGAGGUACCUGGAUGAGGACCUGGUGUGUUGGCGGUGUGGGAGGAAUUUCGGGAAGAGUUUUGCGAAGCUGAAGGAGCACCUUGAAGGGGAGUUCGAGGCGUGGAGGAAGGAGUAG